UGUUUACAUCUGCUCGGGGGCGAGGUAUUUGACAUGUGCAUAAACCAUCAUCAUGGAGAGAACAUCUAAACUAACUUUAAUACUUUGAGUGCAGUGAACAUAAGACUAAUUAAUGGACACUGAACUUAAUCCAGAACCAGGAGAAAAACCUGGAACUCAAAAUGAAAAUGGUUUACGAUUCCCAAUCAAAUUGAAGACCAAGAGAAAACAGUGACAGCGAACAAGAUCCAAAUCCCAAGCAUCCAAGAAAACACGAAACCGGCAGGAACAACGUGGAAGCACAACCGAUCACACCCGAUGACCCAACAAUUAACAGGCAAGAUAACCCUAAUGUUAUCAUAAUAAGCUUAACAGAGGAAACAAAAUCUUCAAACUUCAAUAAUCCAAUAAAACUAACGGAAUCAAUAAACAAAUCUGAAUUCCAAAAAUAUAUAAUUGAAGACUCCUUAAGUAAACAGCCAGCCUCCAGUAAUGCUGCGUUCGGAACUCCUCGUCCAACUAGUUGGACAAGUUGGACAAGAUGUUUUGACCGUUCGGAACCUCUACUUUCUCGUCCUGGACAAGUUGUCCAUCUCGUCCAACUCGCCCUGGUUCGCAGCGGGGCUACCAGGACGAGAUGACGUCACAAAGGCGUUUGUUUACAAACAGAGAUUAUGGCAGUCGUCGAGAAAAUUGUUGUGUUCAAAGAUCACGAUAAUAAUUAUUGGCUGGAUGCAGAUGGUUCAGUGCCAUUCCCAGAAAAUUCGGUGGUGUACCGUAGAAGCACCGAUUUUCCUGAGAGGUAUUUUGCAGGCCAGGAGUUAACAGUGGAAUGGGCUCUCGAGUGGCUACCACGGUGAGUUGGGUUGUGUUUUGGUUUACUAUAUACUUUCCUAUAGAAAAAAAAAAAAAAAAAAAAAAAAAAAAAAAAAA